AGCCGUUUUUACAUUAAAAUCAUGUUGAUAAAAAUAUAAACCGGAUAUGAUUAUAGUGCGUCAGUUGACUUGUGCAUUACCAUCUGUGCGACAUGGCCGUCUUCAUGAUAAACAUCUGUAAAUUUAAUAGCUGCGGCAUCACAUUUCCUAGCCUAGGGGAUUUAAUUCAACACAUUGAGGACACACAUAUCGACUACGAUCCUGCAGUAGUGGAGCAGAAGGAGGCUUCACAACCAUCAUGCAUACCUUUGAGUUACAUCUUGCGUUUCUUCACGGAGAACACACGGCGCGAGUUCCAGAGUAUGCCCCCCAUCCCCGAGGGCCGCCGCCGGCUCAUGUCAGCCCCGAAGACUCCUUCCAUUCGGAGUAGCACUCCCACAGGGAGUGAACUAGACGAUGAGGAGAUGAUGACUCAAUCUGAAGACAGCAAUGACUCCUGGACCACAGUCGAGGAAUACAGCUCUGAGUACAUUUUGCGUUAUGGAGUCAAACAACAUAGUGCUCAAAUGGCUCAAGCCCCGUUGGGAGCUCCGCAAGACAAGCCCUUCGCCUGCCCGGUCCCCGGCUGCAAGAAACGAUACAAAAACGUGAAUGGCAUCAAAUACCACUCCAAGAACGGCCAUAAGAAGGAUGGGAAAAUAAAAAAGACUUACAAAUGCCACUGUGGCAAAAGCUACAAAACGGCCCAAGGCCUUAAGAACCACUCCGUUCACCACGGCGCCUCCGCGCUCCUGGAGGCCAAGCCCAAGCAGCCGGGGCUGGUGGUGACCGCCGCCCACCGACCAAUCAGCAUCCUCGACGCUGUCGACAACAAACUCGUAAGAAUCUACGACAGCCUCAAAACCAAAGACCUACCUUCUCUCACCAUACCAAAGCAUAACCUCAAGACCGUCGACUACACUGGCCAGUUCAUUCGGAACGGAGGUAUUUUGACUCCGAACUCGACCCCGGGGUCCAGCCCCGUCGACAAGAUCAAGUAUGGAGACAGGUCUCCCAAGGUGAUGGUGCAGAGCCAGCCUCUUGCUCCGCUCACGCCCUCUGCCGAACAGGUGUACAUACACAAGAUGUAAGAGAUUUCUGUAAGCGCUCCCGCGAUAAGAGGCUUGCUAACGAAUUUAAGUCAUGUUAACGUGUAAGUCUAGUUAUUAUUAUUAAUGUGCAGUUCCUACGAAAAACAAAAAAAAAGUAAUUAUUUUCUUAGCUUCACUAAUUUGUUUUCAUCCAGAUAUUAUUUGGAGGUGUUAGCUGAGAUGCUGUGUGUUAGUUUUUAUGGAGGUUUUUUUUUGUUUCACACCUUCAUUUAAUUGGAUCUCAUAUUUAUUUUCAUAGUUAUGAAGAGAUUGUUGUUUAUUUAUUAUAGUUUCUUAAGUAUUUUUUUCCUUACGUAUACUUUUAGUGGCGUAUUACUGACUCGGGUAUCUUAAUGGUAUCUAUUCGAAGUGAAAGCUUUAUAAAUGCUCAUGAUUAAUAUUGCUAGCAGGAUAUUGCAUCCUGCUAACAACCACAUACUAUAUAUUUAUGUUUAUGUUGUUGUUUGUUUGACAUUUUUAUGAUUAUUUUAUAGUUAGCAUAAAAUAUAAUGACUGAGUUUAUUUAAUCUCUUAUACGAAAUUGCCUCUGCCGUAGCGUUGGGGUUUCUUUGGACGUGAAAUAUGUUAAUUAAUUUUAUCGUAAGUCAGUUUAACUGUGACUCACAAUAUUCUAAACUUCGAAUAAAAUACAAAAUAAAUAUGAUAGUCUUCCUAUAAAAAUAUAAUGAAUAUGCCAAAGUCAAAUUUUACGAAGGCUUGAUAGCUGUUCGCUACAAAUUAUAUUAUCGAUCGAAACAUUGCGAAAGUGCCAUUUGAAUACCAGAUUAAUCCAAAGAUACUUAUUAACCUUUUUCGUUAUUACUUUAAGUUAAUAUUUUGUGUUAAGAUUAUAAGCCAUUCUAGGUUGAUGGCAUUAAAUAUGUCUGAUUGUAGUUAGGUUAGUUAAAAAUAAAUAAAUGUGAUAUAAUUCUAACAAAAACGAAAAAAAAACUUUGCUUGUUUAGUAUACGUAGUAGUCUAUAAGGCUGAUUUUGUUUUGUUGGUUUAUUGGGAUAUCGGGCUGGGAGCCUUUAUUAAUAUAACUCUAAGUUAGUACUACUCGGUACCCCUAGUUUUGAAAAGAAAAUCAAUUGUAACUGCAGCUUAUUCAGUUAGGUAGUAUAGGAUAUUUAUUUGAUCCCUUAUUUGUAAUAUUUUUAUUCAGAAUUGUGUUCUACAACUACAGAAGGGAUUUUUAUAUUUUGUUGUUGAUUAAUAAUUUAAUUAUUGAAUAUGAAGAGCUUAAAUAAUACCUAUAUAGUAGGGUGUAAUUUAAUGUCGUACAUUAUGUACUUGCUGUCUUAAUUAAGAUACUCAGUAAAGUGUGACUGUUAGGUCGCAAAUAUAGUAUUGUCACAUUUUAGUGUAUACCAACGUAUUGAUUUAAACACAAAUAUUUUAGCGUGAUUAACACUUUAUUAAUUGUUCAUCCCAUACAUUUAUGAUGUGGAAAUGUAAAAUUAAUUAUGUAAGUAUGUGUGUGUAUGUAGUAACUUAGCAACUCAUUUAAAAGUUUAAUCUUAAAAUUGUUUUCUGUUAGAUGAAUGGAAAAAAUUAGCGCUGGUGCUAAUGAUGGCAAAAUUAUUAACCAUACUCUUUGUCUAAGAUUGUAGUCGUAGUGAAACAUGAGAUUGAAGAAACUUGAUGACGCUGUAUGUGUAUAUCCCGCUUAGCGCGAAAAAUGUGUGAUAUUUGGAUUUAAUCUGUACUUGUUAAAUGAAUACUAUAGUUAGAAAUUUGUAAGCACCAAAGAACUUUGAUUUAUUUUAGGCACCAUUAAUUGAAACAUUAGCAUCACAUGAGUAGUUUGUACCUAAUGACUAAAAGUGAAAAAAUAUGGGUGUCCAUGACGAUUACGUACUUCUUUUUUGUCUUACUCAUAAUAUUGGAAAUAUUAUGGGUUAUAAUGUCUUAGUUCGCUCAUUUGUUUCAAUUCCGUCCCAGAUAGUACGAUACAUUUUCUUCAAAACUGUACAAUAUUAAUUUAUGAGUUUGAGAUUUUUUUUGAAGAUUACUAACAGUACCCAGUGCCAUGUCUGUUACAUAUUAUGUAUGUAGUUGGCAUUUCGAUUUACAUGAAUAAAUUCACUUCAAUAAGGUGUUUGAAUUUGGUUUUUAAACUCGGAUUGCAUAUGAAAAUACCAUCAGCAAAAAUGCAUAUGACUAUAGCGAUAUAAAAAUGAGACUCAAAAAAAAUAUUUAGACUCGUAACUUUGUUUAUAUAAUAUGUAUAAAAUACCUUAGAUACCUACUGUGUACUGCACUUUUAUCAAAAAUUUCAUUUAAGACUGAGUAGAUCGAAAAUGUAUACUUACAUACUUAUUGUUGAUGCUGUAAUUUUGAUUUCGCAAUGCCAAAUUCUAUAAAUUCAAUCACACGGAUUUCUUAGAUUCGCUAUCAACAAACCCAGUCGCCUAAAAUAAAUAAAAAUAUGUGUAAAUGCUGUGCGUGUAUCUUUGAAUGUGUAUAUUGUAUUGGAUGCAUGUCGUUAAUGCACUGACCUCUUUUUGUUACUGUUCUUACCUUCGUGAUUGUAGUCAAUUAUACAAAAUGACCAAUUUUCGAAUGUUGAAUUUAAAAAGUGUAAAGGCUGGCUGUUUAAAAAAGGUGCUGUAGGUAGAUGAAAUUGAAAAAUUGAUAUGAUUGUAACAUCUUAACCUGACGUUAGUGAGGUGAAAACGAAUGAUGAUAAAAAGUGAUUUAAAUAACUCGAAUCGGUAUGGUCGUAGGAUGGUCAUGAUUAUGUCUCCUGCCCAAUUCACGAAGGAUUCUUAAAUGAUUAAAAAAAUGUGCGUGUUUGAAGCACCCAAAGAGAUGUAAAUCUUGGGUACUAUCAAUUAUCUAAUCAUUUAAGUUUCCCUUUCCUUACUUAUUUAAUUUAUCUGCUGUAAUACUUGUCCAUAAUGUAUGGUUGUGAAUAAACUAAAUGUUAUAUGUCUACCUUAAACAAGAUGUACAUUGUACAAUGUACAUACCUCUGACAAAAGCUUGGCUUAUUUUCGUAAAUGUGUAAAUGUAUGUCUGUCAGACUGGACUUAUUUAUUGUCAUACCUCAUCUAGUACUUAUCUGAAAUAUUAGAUCUUUUUGUAACAAAUGAUUAUUUAAUAACAAAGACAUUAUUUCUAAGCGAGUAAGUGCUCAUUGUAAGCUCACAUUUCCAUGUUGUUGUUUAGUUCAAAAUUAUAUGUAAAAUUACUUAUUUAUUGUUUGUUUGUUAUAGCUUCACAAGUAAGUGUCAUACGAAAUUUUAUGUGUCAAUAAUAAAACCAAAUUGCUGUCAUGCCA